UGCGCUCCGAGUUCGAUCGAUGUUUCUUCUUCGAAGCGACGAGGAAAGUUGGACGAAGUUACGAACAACGAUAUGGAACCGCAAGACGUUUACUACAGCAAGGCAGAAUACGUGGAAACGGCAUCGGGGAAUAAAGUGAGCAGACAGACAGUGUUAUGCGGAUCGCAGAAUAUUGUGUUGCACGGAAAAGUGAUCGUACAAUCGGAUGCUAUUAUCAGGGGCGAUUUGGCGAACGUGAGAACGGGACGUUAUUGUAUCAUCAGUAAGAACGCCAUCAUAAGGCCACCGUUCAAAAAGUUCAGCAGAGGCGUUGCCUUCUUCCCUCUGACGAUGGGUGAUCAUGUUUUCGUAGGAGAAAGAGCAGUGGUUAACGCAGCCAUCGUCGGUUCUUACAUAUACAUUGGAAAAAAUGCGGUGAUCGGAAGGAGGUGCGUCUUGAAGGAUUGUUGUUACAUCGAGGAUGGAGCUGUGGUUCCACCGGAGACCGUAGUUCCCUCGUUCACUCGUUUCGCCGGCAAUCCUGCCAAGUGCGUCGAAGAUUUACCCGAGUGCACUCUCGACCUCAUGCUAGAAUUUACCAAGAAUUAUUAUCAACACUUUUUACCGUCUACUGCUUAACUCGUUUGUUCAUCGAAUCGAAUCGAGUUAUCGAUCGAAUCCCCUCUCUCGUCGUCGGAUGCUCGUCCUUCUCCUCAAAUUCGAAUUCGAACGGAACAGCUUUGCUCCACGUCGCGAUAGUCAUUGCAUCGUUACUCUUCAAUGUUCG